AUGGCGUUUCUAAAACAGUUUGAACAUCUUAGAAUACCACUAGCUGAUCUAAUAGCAGCAACCAACAGUUUUUCAAAAGAAAACUGGAUUGGGGGAGGAGGAUUUGGACAAGUGUACCAGGGAAUACUCGCUUCGAAGGGGAAUACGACAGUGGCUAUAAAAGUUUUAGAUCGUUCAUUUGGUCAAGGAGAUGGUGAGUUUUGGAAGGAGGUCAUGAUGCUUUCAGAGUACAAGCAUGAAAACAUCAUCUCCCUCCUAGGUUUUUGUGAUGAGAAAAGCCAAAAGAUCCUUGUAUACAAAUAUGCAUCUAGGAAAAGUCUUGACGAACAUAUCGAAAACAAAGAGUUAACAUGGGCUCGACGCCUUAAAAUAUGCAUAGAUGCGGCUCGUGGACUUGCAUACCUUCAUAAUCCUGCGGGGACCCAACAAAGACUAUUACACCGCGAUAUUAAAAGUUCUAACAUCUUACUAGAUGAAAAUUGGAAUGCCAUAAUAGCAGAUUUUGGUUUAUCCAAAUUUGGUCCUGCUAAUCAGAAAAACACAUUUCUUUUCACCAAUAAUACCGUAGGCACGGUUGGGAUGGGCGUCAAUCAUCUCUUACUAGAUUGGUACGAGUGCAUAUCAAAGAGAAACCAUGAGGGACGACCACGAAUGGAGGCUAUCGUGCAAGAACUUGAAAAAUCCCUUAAAUUUCAAGAGGCUUUUGAUCAGGCUAAGGAAGAAAACUCAAAACAAAAAAACACCCUUUUGGAUUUCAAGGAAAUCUGUCCCCCGGGAGGAAGCAAUUUGGUAAUUCUGUACACAACAAGCGUCAAAGGGAUUCGAAAGACUUCUAAAGAUUGCUUGAGGGUUCACUCUUUACUAAAAAGUUUAAAGUUUUUAUACCAAGAAAGAGAUAUAGCGAUGCACUCGGAUUUCAGAGAUGAACUAUUGCAAAUGUUGGGCAAAUCAGCAGCAGUGCCAAGCCUGUUUAUAAAGGGUAGGUAUAUCGGUGGAGCAGAGGAAGUUUUCCGGUUGCAUGAGCAGGGAAAAUUCCGGUCACUCCUUGCUGAAAUACCACUAAACAAAUCUGAAGGGCCAUGCAAAAGGUGUGCUGGAGUGCGGUCUGUAGUGUGUGUUAAGUGUAGUGGUAGCCAUCUUAUGAAACUUGCCGAUGGGAAAAGAACGACGUGUACGGAAUGUAACAAGAAUGGGCUAAUAAAAUGCCCCAAUUGCUUCUAAAGUAGAUAUAUUUUUAUGUCGUUUACCUUGUGUCUUGGAGUCCCAUUUGUUGUAUGUUGUUUGAUAUAUUCUCAUUUAUAUUUCAAAUUCAAGACUCCACAUAUCAUAUAGUAAUCUAGUCUGAUUUUUAUAGAGCAUCCGCCUCAAGACAUGUUAGUGUCCUAGAUUAAAUAGACAUAGCUCAUGUACUUCAUAUAAUAGUACAAUCUCUUUUCCUUAAAAGCCUC